AUGCCUAUCUUAAGAUCUCCAUCUCUUCCGAUGAUAUGGAAGAGACAGCCUGCGGAGCCUGAGGAUUUGUCAGCUAGACUAAGGGGGUUCGUAGACGUGGACGUGGACGUGGACGUGGACAUGGACGUGGACUUGGACGUGGACGUGGACGUGGACCUGGACGAGGACCUGGACGUGGACGUGGACGUGGACCUGGACGUGGACCUGAACGUGGACGUGGACCUGGACGUGGACGUGGACCUGGACGUAGACGUGGACCUGAACGUGGAAAAGUGA